GCCCAGCCGGGCAUGAUCUCUUUGCACGUGCAUGCUGUACCUCUACAAUAUGGCCUGCGGAGGUGCAGAGACAGGCUGCUGCUCGCGGAUGGCAAUGCCCGCAGGUUGAUUCGCCGGCGCUUCGGGCCUGGCACGCUGUACACCGUGGCAAUGCCCAUCGGCAACUUGCAGGACGCUUCAGCCAGGGUGGUUUCUACGCUGAAGAGCGUCGAUCUCAUUGCUGCAGAGAGUGCGCAGAUGCCACAGGCGCUGAAAGGACUUGACUCUUCGCAGGUGAAUCCGGCGCAAGAAGUUGUUUCUUUCUACGCCCACAAUGAGGAGGAGCGCACUGGGGAGUUGAUCGCAGCACUCCGGCGAGGCUUGGACGUGGCCCUCACGGCCCGGGUUGGCACUCCUGGCGUGUGCGAUCCAGGAAGUAAGCUUGUAAGCGCCGCCCACGAUGCGGGCAUCACUGUGAAGAGUGUCCCGGGGCCUUGCAGCAUCACCGCAGCCCUGGCCGCCAGUGGCACGGAAGCUCAUGGAUCAAAGAUCCCGGUGGAUCAGUCCGUCUUCGAAGAAGACGCCUGGAAAGAGAGGCGCAAGUCGGGGCGCAAGCUUUUUGCUUUCCAGGCGUUGAAGAUCUUCGAAGAUAAGAGCUGCUCCUCCAAGAGAGGUUACGCGCAGCUGACCCCCGGCACGAAGGCUGCGGAGGGUCUUCCAACUUCACUGUCGAAAGACCAUGGCUUCACCCUGCAGGCCCAGAGCAAGGCCAAGACCACGAGCUCAUGGCAUCUGGCUGCGGCCGAUUCGGAUCAGCUGAGUGUCUGGCUGAAGGUCUUGCGAUCUGCAGCUGUGGAGGAGGUGCCCAUCGAUGACUUUAGCGACUACGAGGUGGCGAGGGAGUGUCGCAAAGUGUUCAAAGGCAACGAGUGGUGGACCGAAAGCAGGACGCUGACCCCAGUUCAGCCCGGCGUGACCACCGGCCCGGUGCUCGCGUUCUCGCUGGCCGGCUGGCAUGCCAUGUGUCGCUCGAUGGCAUGGGGCGCAUGCGCCCCGGGCGGCUUGGUGGAGCUCACCCAGGCCAUUCGAAGAAGACCCUGGCAAGAGGCCUGGCACUUGCUCCAGGAGUUGGAAGCGCGUGGAAGCGCAGAGCUGGUGGCCUACAACGCAGCAAUCAGUGCAUGCGCCGGCGCGUGGCAACAAGCCCUGGUCACUUUCGCCACCUUGGAGGAAAGGCAGUUAAGAGCAGAUAUCAUCUCCUGCAGCGCUGCGGUGACUGCCUGUGAGAGAGCCGCGCGCUGGAAGCCGGCGCUCGCUUUGCUCAGCUCUUUGGAGGAGCGGGAGAUUCAGGGCGAUGUCAUCAUAUAUGCCGCUACCAUCAGCGCCUGCGGCAGACCUGAGCAGUGGCAGCUGUCCAUUGCGCUGCUGGAGGAGGCGCAGCGCAAAGAAAUCCAACCCAAUGUGAUCGCCUACGGCUCUGCGAUCAGCGCGUGCAGGCAUCACUGGAAAGAAGCCAUGCGGCUCCAAAAAGGAAGUCGACAGAGCAUCGUGGCCUGCAAUGCGGUUAUGGAUAGCCUGAGGCGGGCAGAGCAGUGGCAGCAAGCCACAGCUUGGCUGGAAGACGUGCGCUCGCGAACUAAAGCAGACAUUGUGACUUACAGCGGCCUGCGCUGGCAGUGGCAGCGCUCCAUGAACCUUCUCGAGAUACUUGAAAAGAGACACCUAGAGGCUGACGUGAUCGCCUACUCCACGGACGGCCCCUGGCGUGUGAGUUUGCAACUGCUGCAGAAGAUGAGACAACUGCGCCUGGAGGUAAAUGCCAUCAGCGUCGGGGCUGCGGUCAACUCCUGUAAAGCAGAGUGGCAGCAUGCAGUGAGUUUGCUGCCCCAGACGGAGAAUGUGAUGGCCCUGAAUGCGGCCAUCAGCGCCUGCGGUGCAGCAGGGCAAUGGCAGACAGCACUGUAUCUCUCCAACAAAAGCGACACGGACAUCAUCACUUACAACGCGUGUAUCAGUGCCUGCGAAGGCGCAGGGCAGUGGGGAACCGCGGUGCUCUUGCUUCGGCGCGCGCAGGACAGGCGCCUGGAGCCGAGCGUGGUCACCUACAACGCCGCGAUCAGCGCCUGUGAAGAGGCCUCGGAGUGGCAACAGGCCUUGCGCUUGGUGCAAGAGAUGGAGCACCAGGACCUGCAGAGGGACAUCAUUUCCUACAACGCCGGUAUCACCGCGUGCGGCAAGGCUGAACGGUGGCAGCACGCCUUCAAGCUCUUGCAUGAGGCAGAAGGAGCAUCCCUGGAGGCCACCGUGAUCACCUACAAUGCCACGAUUACCGCUUCCGCUGGCACCUGGCAGCAGGCAUCGAAACGACUGGAGGAGCUGCGGGUGGGAAAUCUGGAGCCCAACAUCAUCACCUGGGGAUCUGCCAUCAGCGCCUGCGAGAAAUCCCAAUCGGAGUGGCGCUGGGCGCUGCUGGUCUUGGCACCGCUGCUGGACUCGGAGACCGCCAACGUGGUGGCGCUCAGCGCGGCCAUCAGCGCGUGUGAGAAGCAGAAGCAGUGGCAGAGGGCCAUUGAGUUGCUGCUGCUCGUGCAGAAGGGGCGUCUUGAGGCCAGCGCUAUCACCUACAACGCGGCAAUCAGCGCCUGUGAGAAAGCAGACCAGUGGCAAGAGGCCUUGCAGAUCAUGAGUGAGGCGGAGCUGAGAAAGAUGGAGCUGGAUUUGAUCACCUACAAUGCGGCCAUCAGUUCCUGCGAAGUGGCCGGGCAACAGGCCAUGUGGCUCUUGAACCAAGCGCAGGAGGUAGCCCUCGAGCCAGAUGUCAUCACCUACACCUCAGCGAUCACCGCGCUGGACAAGUCUGCAGAUUGGCAAUGGGCAAUGCAGACGCUGCGAGAGAUGAAGGCCAACCAGGUGAGUCCCGACUUGAUCACCUUCAACGCCACUGUCAGCGCUUGCGCUCGAGCCCGCAGGUGGCAGCGAGUCCUGGAGUUGCUGGUGGUGUUGGAAGCAUGGCAGCUGGCACCCGAUGGUGUGACUUACUCCACCGCUCUGAGUGGCUGCGAAAACUGGUUGGUCGCACUGCAGCUUCUGCAGGAGGCAAAGACACGGCGCUUGCGGGUCGCAAGCUGCAACGAGGCUCUGAAGCUUUGCGAGCAGGCGCAGUCAUCGAUGCCGAUCCAGCCGCUGCGUGGAUUUUUGCUGCGGUGA